AUGGACUUGCCCUCAAUACGGCGUUCUGUGUCUUAUGUGGAGCAAGAGCCUUUGCUGUUUAGAAGAAGCAUUGCAGACAACAUUGCCUACGGGCUGCGGCCGCUGCAGCACAGCAGCGAUGACUGGAUGAGGUGCAGCAGCAGCAGCAGGCUGCAGCAGCAACAGAAACGAGGCAAGAGCGACACUCUGACGCAGGCCACGAAACAGCAGCAGCAAGAGUGCCAGCAGCAGCAAGACGGCCAGCAGCAGCAGCGAGAAGGCCAGCAGCAGCAAGAGUGCCUGCAGCGGCAGCAGCAGGAGACGGACUUGUACGAAGCCGAGCUGUCGCGGACUCUGCGCCACCCCGAGGCAGCAGCAUGGCCUGCGGGUUUGCUGCAGCAGGUCGUUGCUGCAGCAGCAGCAGCAAAUGCGUUGCCCUUCAUCAAGCAGCUGGCUGACGGUGUCUUCACUGUCUGCGGCGAAGGCGGAGUUCGGCUUUCGGGAGGUCAGAAGCAAAGAAUUGCAGUGGCCCGGGCGCUGCUACGCAAGCCGCGGCUGCUGAUUCUUGACGAGGCCUCCAGCUGCCUCGACGCCGACAGCGAGGCAGCACUAGCGAGCACUUUGAGGCGGCUGAAGGGCCAAACCACUGUCAUCACGAUUGCACACAAACCCUCAAGCCUCAAGGAGGCAGACCGGGUGGUGGUGAUAGAAGAUGGACAAGUGGCAGCAGAAGGCCCUCGCUCUGAGAUGCUCGGAAACAAAAGCUCAAGGCACAGGCAGCUUCUGCUGGACGAGCUGUAA